GCGAGUUGCGGGCGGAAGUCGGGCGGGGCGGGGGCUGGAGGGUUCGAGAAGCGGCCGGAGGCGGCCCCGGGGCGGCCCCGCCAUGGUGGAUUAUAGCGUGUGGGACCACAUCGAGGUCUCGGACGAUGAGGACGAGACUCACCCCAACAUCGACACGGCCAGUCUCUUCCGAUGGCGGCAUCAGGCUCGAGUGGAGAGGAUGGAGCAAUUCCAGAAGGAAAAAGAAGAGCUGGAUAAAGGAUGCCGGGAAUGCAAGCGGAAACUCGCCGAAUGCCAGAAAAAAAUGAAGGAGUUGGAACUGGCGGAUGCGGAAAGCGGGAAGGGGGAGCUGGCGAAGCUGCAGGCCGAAGCCCAGCAGCUGAAAAAUGAAGAGAAAAGCUGGGAAAACAAAUUGGAAGAAUUAAAAAAGAAGGAAAAGAACAUGCCUUGGAACGUGGACACCCUCAGCAAGGACGGCUUCAGCAAGAGCGUUUUCAAUGUGAAACCGGAGGAGAAGGAAGAGACGGAGGAACAGAAAGAGAAAAAACACAAAACCUUCGUGGAGAGAUACGAGAAGCAGAUCAAACACUUCGGGAUGCUGCGGCGCUGGGACGACAGCCAGAAAUAUCUCUCCGAUAACCCUCACCUCGUUUGCGAGGAGACGGCGAAUUACUUGGUCAUCUGGUGCAUCGAUCUGGAGGUGGAAGAGAAACACGCCCUGAUGGAGCAGGUAGCCCACCAGACCAUCGUCAUGCAGUUCAUCCUGGAGCUGGCCAAGAGCCUCAAGGUCGACCCCAGGGCUUGUUUCAGGCAGUUUUUCACCAAAAUUAAGACGGCCGACCAGCAGUACAUGGAGGGCUUCAACGACGAGCUGGAGGCCUUCAAGGAGCGGGUGCGAGGCCGAGCCAAGAUCCGCAUCGAGAAGGCGAUGAAGGAAUACGAGGAAGAGGAGCGACAGAAACGCCUGGGCCCCGGCGGGCUCGACCCCGUGGAGGUGUACGAGUCCCUGCCACCCGAGCUGCAGAAAUGCUUCGACGUAAAAGACGUUCAGAUGCUGCAAGACACAAUCAGCAAAAUGGAUCCAACCGAGGCCAAAUACCACAUGCAGCGAUGCAUCGACUCGGGGCUCUGGGUCCCCAACGCCAAGGGCGGGGAAGGGGCCGACAAGGGCGGCGGCGAAGCCGUUUAUGAGGAGAUUAAGAAGGAAAACGGCGCCGAGGAAAAAGGAAACGCGUGAGCUGGGGGGGGUGGGGGGUGGGGGGGGUGUGAAAAAAGGCGUAAAUCACGAGAAAAUGGGGUGUAAAGCAUAAAAAUGGGGCUGUAAAGUGUAAUAAAAAGGGUGUAAAGUAUAAAAAAGGGGGUGUAAAGCAUCAAAAAAGUGUGUAAAAUAUGAAAAAAGGCGUGAAGUCUAAAAAAGGGCGUGUAAAGACUAAAAAAGGGAUAUAAAGUCUAAAAAGGGUUAAAAAAAACGGGGGUAAAUCAUCAAAAAUGGGGCAUGAAGCAUUUAAAAAAAAAGGGGCGUAAAGGGGUUUAGCCUGUGCUCCCCCUCCUCCCCGCUCCCCCCCCCCGCUCCCCCCCCCGCUCCCCCCCGCUUCCCCCCCGCUUCCCCCCCGCUUCCCCCCCCCCCCUUUCCACACUGUAGAGACGUUUUGGGGAAGGUCCGUGAGCUGUGUGUGCCCCUCCCCCCGCUUCCCCUGCCAUCCAGCCCGGCGGGGGAGGGGGGAGGUUUGGGGGGGAUGGGGGGGUUUGGGGGGGCCCCGCAGUGGCGGCGCCUGGCGGCUCUUGUGUGGAAUAAAGAGAUUGAAGGA